CAUCAAACAGCGUCCGGGCUCGCAAAACAGCAGCGUGCGACUAAAAGCUGCAGAGCGACAGAGGAGAUAUUUCACGUAGUUACAUCUGUGGCUGCCAUGCAGGACAACAGGAAUGGGAGAAUGCCGUUCCCACCACCCAUCUGCAGAGACAGGGUCAUCUGGGAAUUCCCAAAGUGCUACAUGCCUGAGACCUCCCUGCAGCUGAAGACAGACUGGGACAUUCAGGUCAAAGCAGCCUGUAAAGACAGAGCCGCAAGGCAUCAGCCGUGGGACCGACAGAAAAUGUCAAAAGUGGUGGUUGUCGGAGACCUUAAUGUGGGGAAGACCUGCCUCAUUAAUAGGUUUUGUAAAGACGUAUUUGAAAGAGACUACAAGGCCACCAUAGGUGUGGACUUUGAGAUCGAGAGGUUUGAGAUAUCUGGAAUACCUUUCUCCUUCAGAUGUGAGUACUGGGAUACUGCUGGGCAGGAAAAAUUCAAGUGCAUCGCUUCUGCAUACUACAGAGGCACUCAGGUCAUUAUCACCGUCUUUGACAUGGCAGACAUUAAGUCCCUAGAUCAUACACGCCAGUGGUUGGACGAGGCCUUGAGAGAAAAUGAGCCUGACUCCUGUUCCAUCUUCUUGGUUGGCGCUAAGAGUGACCUGCUGCCCUUAGACGAAAGGCAGAGGACAGAAAAAGAUGCCAUCAGGAUAGCAACAGAAAUGCAUGCAGAGUUUUGGGCUGUUUCGGCUAAAACAGGGGAGAAUGUGCAGGGGUUUUUCUUCAGGGUGGCAGCUUUGUCCUUUGAGAAGUGCAUUCUUAAUGACAUGGAGAAUGGGAUGCCUGUUAGCAUCGGACAUGGAAAUAGCAUCAAAUCCGAUGGUGCCAACCUGGAGGAGCGUGCACCCCGAGACACGAAGGGAAGCUGCUGCUGAUGAAAAGAGGAAAGCGUAACCAAACAGAGGCUCUAUUCUGAGCUUAAAGUGACUGACCAUGUUCCACUGGACUGAAAUUUGUCUUAGAACAUGUUCCAUUAGCUCAUCAAAACUGCCAUGUAUUCUGACAGUUGGCCUGAAAACCAGUUGUUAUUAGAUUAAAUCUGCCAAUAAUGGAUUGCUGAUACUAAAUCUUCAGUAGUGCCUGGACCAGACUCAUUUGGGACAGGCAAUUGUUGCCUCCUGGUAAAAGCCUUGUAUAGAUGCUUUAGAUUGUUUUUAGUUUGUUUCUUCAUACAGUAACAUUGUGGAAUAUAUCUCAGCCAUUAUUAUGGGUUGUAUACAGAUACAUUUUUAGUUAAUUUAAGAAAGGAAACAAAAUGUUUAUGUUUACUUUCAGGUAAUAAAAGUGUAAAUUGACUAUAAACUCAACAUAUAUAAUGGCCACAGCAUUUUGAUUCAAUGGAAUGAACAGCUUAUGUUAGCCGCUGCAUAUUUAUGGGACCAGUAUUUUUGUCAAACUCUAAUAAAGUGGUUUACUGAA